AUGGUGGUGGUGAAUAUGCCGUCCAGGUUUAAUCCGAGGCCGGCCUCAAGUCUUUCUGAGAGUUCUAUAACAGGGGGCGGCUCUGCACCCGCGCGCGACGCCGCGGUCAGGUUCGGACCGUUGGAAACUGCGGGACGUCCUCCCCGGACCAGCCCCAGACUCGGCCCGACGCCGAUCUCUUCCGGAAGCUUUCUCCAGGUGGCCCAAGUGGCGGGGAUUGGGGAUGGUCUGGCGGGGCCGGGGGUCGUCUCCCUGGAGGUUGGAAGGGCCUACACGGAGAAGGUGGAGGAGGGAAGGCGGGGGCUGGAAAUCCUGCCCCGAUUGGCAGUUAUCGCCAAGGCCGGAAAGUUUAAAAAAGAGAGAAAGCCACUGGCCGGGAGCCAGGGCCGGCCGGGCCGCCGGGGCGUGUUCGGCUGGCUAGAGGGGUGA